AUGAUCGGAUUAGGACGUCAAAUUACUCAAAACACCAUUCGUCGUAGCUAUUCCACGGUAGCUCCAAGAAAAGUAGGAGCUGUCAGAGGUGGCUUGUUAGGAUUUUUAGUUGGUGUAACUCUCACCGGCGCGGGAUCAUACUACUAUUUAUUAGACGAAUACAAAGUCGCCAACAACGUGAUUGUUGCCGAUGUUGCUGCUUUGCAAUCGUCCAUUGCCAAUUUGGAAAAACAUGUCAAGACGUUGGAGUCGAGAAAAUAA